GCGCCGCUGCCUUAGGGCGGGACUUCCUCUCCCGGCCCCGCUGCUUCCGACGCCGCCCGGAAGUCGAGAGCUGGUGCCUUCAGUACCGGCCCCCUUUCCUGCCCUUUCCUGGCGCGGGUUCCCUAGGUUGCGGUCGUCAUUCCCUGCAGAGACCACGUCGGUGGUCUCCCGCCCGUAGUUUCAUCUCCUAUACAGGUGUCCGCCCUGUUUUCCCGUUGGGUUCAUCUGUUCGGUUCCGGACCACGUUCUCCCCAUGGCGGGAGCCGCUCCGGCCACGGCCUUCGGGCAGGCUGUGAUCGGCCCGCCGGGCUCAGGAAAGACCACGUAUUGCCUGGGCAUGAGUGAGUUCCUGCGCGCGCUGGGCCGGCGCGUGGCGGUGGUGAACUUGGACCCGGCUAACGAAGGGCUGCCAUACGAGUGCGCUGUGGACGUGGGCGAGCUAGUGGGACUGGGUGAUGUGAUGGAUGCGCUGAGGCUGGGACCCAACGGCGGCCUGCUUUACUGCAUGGAGUACCUGGAAGCCAACCUGGACUGGCUGCGGGCCAAGCUGGACCCACUCCGCGGCCACUACUUCCUCUUCGAUUGCCCAGGCCAGGUGGAGCUGUGCACGCACCACGGCGCCCUUCGCAGCAUAUUCUCGCAGAUGGCUCAGUGGGAUCUCAGGCUGACUGCUGUCCAUCUUGUGGAUUCUCAUUACUGCACAGACCCAGCCAAGUUCAUCUCAGUAUUAUGUACCUCUCUGGCCACCAUGUUGCAUGUGGAGCUGCCACACGUCAACCUCCUCUCCAAGAUGGACCUCAUUGAGCAUUAUGGGAAACUGGCCUUCAACCUGGACUACUACACAGAGGUCCUUGACCUCUCCUAUCUGCUUGACCACCUGGCUUCUGACCCUUUCUUCCGCCACUACCGCCAGCUCAACGAGAAACUGGUGCAGCUCAUUGAAGACUACAGCCUGGUCUCCUUUAUCCCUCUGAACAUACAGGACAAGGACAGCAUCCAGCGAGUCCUACAGGCUGUGGAUAAGGCCAACGGCUACUGUUUUGGGGUACAAGAGCAGCGAAGCUUGGAGGCCAUGAUGUCUGCCGCAGUGGGAGCUGACUUCCAUUUCUCCUCCACGCUGGGCCUCCAAGAGAAGUACCUGGCACCCUCGGACCAGUCAGUGGAACAAGAAGCCAUGCAGCUAUAGCAACAAGCUGGGCCCUGAUGCAUAACCCAGCACUGGGGAAAGUGGAGGCUCCUUAUAAGCAGCAGACAGCUCACAGGCUGCAGACCCAAGAGCAGGUCCUCCAGCUGGCAAAGGACUUCUGGACAAAAAGCCAGGCAUGACAAAGAGCAGAGCACCUACAGUUCCCUCAGUGAUGCCCUGGGCUCUGGGCCCUGCUGCACCAGAAGUACCACCAGCAGGCUGAACACUGGCUUUCCUUGGGUUUUGAUGAAAUGCACAUAAUAGAGUUUAUUUUCUACUUUUUGUGGCUUUAAACUUUUCUUCAAUCCUUCAGGCCCAGGGAAUUGGGGCAGAACAAGAGACCCUCCAGAGGGUCAUGUUUCUUCAUACAGGUCAGUGUUUCCCCGUAGUGCAGACUCAGCUGUACGAGAGGAUUGACUCCUACUCUCCAGUCAUGUGCUUUUGUCACUCUUCAGUUUUAACAGUGAACUUCACACUCAGACCUUCACAGGUGACAUUUCCUAGCUAAACCUUAUUUAAUAUUUUAUUUUCGUUGUAUUUAUUUCAUGAUUUUGCUCUAUUUUUGGCAAGUGUUAGCUUGUCAAAAGUUUGAAAGAUUGUUUGCUUCAGAUAUGAAAAAUGUAUGCAAAGUGAGUUGUUUAAAUAAAAAUAUUAGCCAGGCAUAGUGGUGGUACACACCUGUAAUUCCAGCAAUUUGGGAAGCUGAGGCAGGAGGAUUGCAAGUUUUAGGUCAGCCUCAGCAAUUUAGCAAGACUGUCUUAAAAAAAAAGAAAAAAGUUCUGGGUGUGUAACUCAGUGCUAAAGUAUCGCUGGGUUUAAUCCCCAGUUACCCGCCUCUCCAAAAGAAAGAAUUAAGUUGUUAUGAGGGUGUGUAAAAAUUAAGAUGAUUUGAAGCCAGGAAAUACUGCUCUGUGCUUCCUUGACCAUUCUUAAUGCUGGAUGGGAAUGACAUUCAUAUUUCCAACCAGGAGGUGGCACCCCAGACUUAUUUUUGUGGUUGUAACCUGGCUGUUGGAGGGGACUCGGCUUAGGAUGGGUUGUGCCAGCUGUCUCAUUUGUAUACACCUUCCAGCUGGUUAACAUCUGUGAAGAAUUUGACAGUUUAUGAAGUGCCUCCACACACAUCCUCAGGUGGUUAUCACCACAACCCCUGGAGAUUGACAAAGCAGGGACUGUCACUAAAGCAUUACCCAUUUUAGAAGGGGAAAACAGAUGAGGAGUUGAAACUUACGUCAGCCUUGCUGUUUCCCAAUUUUUUGAAUUGUGUGUGUCUCUCCUUUGCUAUUGAUAGUUAACAGCCUUUGAACUGGAAUAUAUCUCAGUGAUAGAACACUUGCCUAGCAUGUGUGAAGCCCCAUGUUCAAUCCCCAGACUUCAAAGGGGGUGGAUUAGAUAAGCUCUUAACCCACAGUAUUUGUGGCCAAACAUGAGAAAGAAUUUAGGCAUCUCUAAAUGUUUUAAGACUACUAAAUCAUAAAUUGAGGAGAAAGGUCGCUGGUGGUUUGAACAGUUGGAUAAUUCAGUUUAGGAAAAUCUAUUCUGAAUCAGCAUUAAAACAGGCACUGGCCCAGCAUGGUGGCACACACCUAUGAUCCCAGUGGCUCGGGAAGCUGAGGCAGGAGGAUCACAAGUUCAAAGCCAGCCUUAGCGAAAGAGAGAUGCUAAGCAACUCAGUGAGACCCUGUCUUAAUAUAAAACAGGGCUGGGGAUCUGGCUCAGUGGUCGAGAGCCCCUGAGUUCAAUCCCUGAUACCUAAAAAAAAACAGGCAGCUGAUCUUUGCUUCCCAAUUUUGGCACCUGGAGCUGAAAGCAGAAGAGUGGGGGGCUAUGAGGAGGCUCCUGUAGCUGGAACAGUAUGAAAGCAGACGACCUCAGCUCCCACGCUGGGCUAUAGAGGGGAUAAUAACUGGGUGCUCCCUCCCUAGCCUCUUUCAUCUGAGGAGUUCAAAGCACCUUACCUCCAUUAACACCCUGCACAGUAGGUGGGAGUACCCACAGAAUAAGUCAGGGAAACUGAGGCCAGGAGGCACAGCCUGGGGCUGGCUGUGAGUCACCUGUAGGGCCUGGAGCCCAGGAAUCCUGACGCCCAGGCUGCUGGACAAGUCCUUCAUCAGGGUGUGAGGUGGGUGCUGUGUUUUUUAAACAGUAUCAAUAGCUGUGGUCAUGGGUUUUAAUGCUUACCCAUCAGAGGCUCCGACUCCCACCAAAACAAGUCAGGUGUGGGGGCUGGAGCGUGUCAUUUACAACUUUAUGGCCUCAUAUCCAAGAGCCCUAUGCAUUUAUUCUCUCUAGUCAUGCAGUAGAGAUGGAUGGAAAUAAUCCAGAACCUUAUUUUCAGGCCUCAAUUUUUUUUUCCCCUCAAUAAAUGUAGUUCCUGGGCUGGGGAUGUGGCUCAAGUGGUAGUGCGCUCGCCUGGCAUGUGUGCCGCUCUGUUCAAUCCUCAGCACCACAUACAAACAAAGAUGUUGUGUCCGCCGAAAACUAAACAAUAAAUAUUUAAAUUCUCUCUCUCUCUCUCUAAAAAAAAAAAAAAAAAUGUAGUUCCUGGUGGUUGGGGAGAGGGGCUCACUGGUACAGUGCUUGCCUAGCACAUGUGAGGCACUAGGCUCCAUUCUCAGAACCGUAUAAAUAAGAAUAAAUAAAGGUCGACAACUAAAAAAAAUUUUUUUUAAUGAAAAUAAAUAUAGUCUCCAAGCAAAAUGAUUUUCAUUUCCUUGUGCAUGCACUGAGGUGAUGGCAUAGGGAAAGCACAGUAUAAAGGGAGAGAUGUCUGUGAGGCUCAUUCAAUAUGAAAUGGGCAGGAAAGGACCAUGUUCCAAUGUGGCUGACACACAGCAGUCAACCUUAUGACUAUUUUUUUUUCUUUCCAGAUAAAAUAACUUGGAAAAUGAAAAAAGAAGUAAGUCACCCACAAUCCUAUUUCAGAAAUAAUCAUUAGCAUUUAUAAUUAAUAAUAAAUUUUUUUCCUUUUCCUUUUUUUGGGGGGCAGGGUAAGUGAAUUGAACCCAGAGAUACCCUACCAUUGAACUAUAUCCCCAGCCCUUUUUAUUUUUUAUUUGAGACAGAAUUUGGCUAAGUUGCCCAGCCCGGAACUUGCCAUCCUUCUGCCUUGGCCUCCCAAGUAGCUUAGCCCAGCCAAUAAUAAAUUUCUGAUUCAGAUGUAUUCUUUCAAUCUUAUUUUUCUCUACAUAAGGGUGAUACCAUUUAUAUCACUGGGAUAUUUUAUAAUUGCCUUGUUUGCUUGCUUGUUUUGGUACUGGGAGUAAAAUCCAGGGCCUUGUGCAAGCUGAGGCGAGUGCUCCGCUCCUGAGCUACAUCCCCAGAUCUUUUUAUUUUGAGAUAGGGUCUUACUAAGUUGCCCAGGCUGACCUGGGAUUUGUGGUCCUCCUGCCUCAGUUUCCAGAGUACCUGGGAUUGCCGAACCCAGUUGUAUCCCACUGUUUUCAGUUACACUAUUCCAUGUAAUUAAAAAAUAUAUAAAAACCUUUCUAAUGUGUACAUAAUAACAUUUGGUGGUAUGGCUAUAACCUUGUUUACCUAUCCAGACUCCCAUGGUUAGCCUAUAAGUCACUACCAAGUACUAUGGCUAAUUAAGAAGUAUCCCCCAAAGGAUUAUGUGUUGAAGGCCUGAUCCCCAAUGCAGCGAUGUUCAGAGGUGGGCCUUUGGGAAGUGACUGGAUUAUGAGGGCUCUGAUCUUAUCUGUGGAUUGAUCCAUUUAUGGCUUCAUAAUUUAAAUGGACUUUUGGGAGAUGAUGAAAACCAUAGGAGUUGGGACCUAAUUGAAGAGACUGGGUUCUUGGGGAUGUGGUUGUCCACAGGCCCCCUUCUUCUUUCUCUCUGCUUCCUGACUACCAUGAGGAGAACAGCUUUGCUCUGCCACACCCUUCUGCCAUGGUGAACUGCCUCAUCACAGGCCCAGGAACAGUGGAGCCAGCCAACCAUUGACUGAAACCAUAAGCCAAAAUAGAUCUUUCCUUUAAGUUGAUUUUUCAGGUGUUUUGUCACAGCAAUGAAAAACUAAUACACCAAGCUUUUGUAAUGGAAAAUAGUUCUAUGAUUAACAUUUUUGUACCCUAA